UUGCUUACUUCCGGUCAUUACCGAUGCAAAUCGGCUGCUUCCGACGUCAAAAUGGAUGACGAGUGACAACUAAACAGGUGUUGAAGAGCACAUUGAAGCAGCUGACCUGUUUGUCACUUGGAGUCUGGGGUCUCUUUAAAAACAUUAAAAUGUCUGCUCAAGGCUACUAUGGAUCAAGUUAUGACCGUUUUGUGGAAAACACAAACACAUCAACUUUGCACAAAAUGAAAGAGACAUACUGGACUACAAAACAAGUUGUCAUGCAGAAACUUGGAAAGAAGGAAGACGAGCAUGUGGUUGCUUCUGAUGCUGAACUAGAUGCAAAAUUAGAGGUUUUUAAGGCAAUUCAAAGAUCUAGCAUGGAGCUUCUUAGAGUCAUUGAAAAAUAUCAAGACAGGUUAUGUGUUGUUGCACAAGAAGAAAAUGCAAUGGGACGCUUUCUCAAGACACAUAGUAGUCAUGAUAAGACUCGUGCUGGCAAAAUGAGUGGCAGUGGAAAGUCUCAGAGUUUUUCAGCCCAGCAAAGGUUAGCUCUUCGAGUUCCUCUUGUUCGUUUGUACCAAGAAGUAGAGACAUUCAGAUACCGUGCAAUCUCAGACACACUUGUGACAGUCAAUCGGAUGGAAGGUGCACGAACAGAAUACAGAGGUGCUCUCUUGUGGAUGAAGAAUGUUUCUGAUGAGCUGGAUCCUGAUACUUACAAACAGCUGGAAAAAUUUCGGAAGGUGCAGGCACAAGUUCGAAAGACAAAGCAGCGGUUUGACAAACUGAAGCUUGAUGUCAUGCAGAAGGUUGACUUGCUUGCUGCCAGCCGCUGCAACAUGUUCUCCCAUGUACUUGCUAAUUACCAAUCAACUCUUCUACAUUUCUGGGAGAAAACUUCUCGCACAAUGGCUGCUGUAGCAGAGAGCUUCAAGGGCUAUCAGUACUAUGAGUUCAACAUGCUGAAGGAACUGUCAGACACAAGCAGGAAGCUAGCAGAGGAGACGGGUAGUAAAACUCCUGCAGAAAAGGAGUCAGGGGAUUCAGAAACGGGAGAGAUGAGCGAUGAUGAACUGAUUGGAAGUGAUGAAGAGGCAGAUGAAUGCAGCAGGGGUUGUCAGGACAGGAAACACCACAAUAGCAAUUCUCACCUGUCAGAACUGGAUAGGCUGUUGUCUCUGGAUGGAGAAGAGAAGGCAACUAAGUUAGAAGACUCUUCUCCAAAACAGACUACCACUAAUGACACACUGGUUGAGAAAAGUGUAGAUGAAGGUGGUAAAGAAGAAGCUGAACCUUUCAUGGAUUUCCAUGAUGAUGAGGCAGCCAUGAAAGAGCUGGAGGAGGAGCUGGAGAAAGCAGAGAAACUGAUGGGCAGUGUGAAAACCACAGCAACAGAGCAACAGAAAACUGCUUCAGGUAACAAAGAUCUUCUGACUGGCCCUUUAGAGCCAGAAGAUAUUGAAAAAGAUGAUCUUUCCCUUUUGAAUGAAAUACUCAAUGCCCCAUCUACUGGAGAAGAUGAAUUCACUCAAGAAUGGCAAGCUGUAUUUGGUGGUUCCUUAAACAUCACACCUGACACCGUUCCAGCUGAGCGAGACUCCUCAAGACAGCAGGCAGAGUUCAUGCCCUCCAGUCUCCUGGACUCACAGCUGGCCGGCCUUAGUCUUGGGCCAGGAGGAGGCAUCCUUCCACCACCACUUGGAGCCAUGGGGAUGAUGCCAGUUCCUUCAGGUCCUCAGCAAGAACAAGGGCCAAGACAGCAAGCAGCAGUUGCCAAAUCCAAACAACAACAGCAACCAAAAAAGGGUCAAAAAGGUGACAUGUCUGCUUGGUUCAAUCUCUUUGCUGACCUUCGACCCUUUGUCAAAUCCUGAUGCCAUUGGUCGGAAAACAGAAGACAUUUCCGAUGCAUAAUGCUUGACCUGACUACUCAAGACUUGAGCAUGUUUAAUUUGAUUAGUUUUCAUCAAGUUUUUGUUUUAUGUACAAUACUUGGUGUUGGAUUUAGUUAAACAAAAUUUAAGCCAUAGCAUCAACUGUCCUAUAUGGUAAUACAUACGAAGUGGCAAUAUGUUCAGCUGAUAUGGUCUCAAGAUUCUUCAGAUAGGUUAACUUUGUCUUUUGUUUUUCCUAGGUACAUUUCUUAAACACAUCAAGUAUAGAAGUAAUAUUUCUUGUAAUUCAACAUAGACCUGCCAUUAAAGCACAAUACAUGUAUCUUUCUCUAAAAUACAGAUGAAUGUACAUAUGAAUCAGUGAGUUGUAAUUUUGGGAUCUCAACAAGUUUGUAUGUAGAAUGGCAAGGUAUCAUUUAAGUAUUAAAACACAUAGAGGAAACAUAGAUUGUAGGUGUCGUUGAUGAAUUAGGUUUAGCAAACAGUAGGCCAGCAACAGUAACUGUUCUCGUAAAAGAAAAAAACCCAAGACCUGAGGUUGUGCUGUUACAGUCUUUGCUGCCUUUCUUGAGAUAUCACAUGAGGAGUGAAGCUCAAGUUCAUAGAGUAAGGGAACACAAGAAGAUAUUGGGAGAACAUGACUGCUGGGACACCCCAUGGCCUUGAGAGGAACUCAAGUACAUUUCUAGUAUUUCAGCAGUAAGAGAUAAGCUAUGGAAUGGAUCACUGAUGGUGGUUUGAAGCUAGCAUCAGAAACUGUCUAUCCAAAGUAUGCUUAUCCAAGGUCUAACUUUUUACUGGAUGUUGUUCUGUUAUUUUUACUGUAUGCCUUGACUAAGAGGCAGUCGUGUCUGACAUUGCAGUCUCAAGUUUAGUUUCAUGUACAUCUGUGAUCUGUGAAGGACCUUUUUUUUUCUUCAUUUUUUUUCUGCAUUUAAUCCAUUUUUUUACAGAUCUGUUUACAUUCCAUCUGGGAAGAUAGCUUUAUGAUUGAUAAUGUUUGUUUUUCAUUCUUAGUCUAUUUGUAAGAAGGCACAAAGUUGUGGGUCCAGUUUUAAAUGGUAACAAGAGAAAAAAAAUUUGAAAGAGGAAAAUUUCCUCUCUGUGUUGCAUAAAAAUUGUUAUGUGUAUAUGAAUGACUGAAGUUGAAUUUACUUUGAGAUGCUGUUACAUGCAGUUACAAGUUGAGUGGUGUUAGUGGCUUUGUGAAAGUUGUCACUCAUGGAUUAGAUGGAAUUUUUUCUUAGGUUGCAGCUUUAAAAUUCAUACUCUUUCCCCUUUUUUCUAAAUAAAAAUCACUAUGGUAACUUUGGCUUUAGGAUGUGUAUAUUUGCUUGCUGUCAUGUCUUUGACCUGUUAGUUUUUAACUACUCCAUGAAAAGAACAGUUUUAAUUGAUUGAUUUAAAUUUAAAUUGAUUUAAUUUAAUUUUGUCCUGAAUGUAACUGUACUGCCCUUACUAAAUGUUUAUCUUCAAGGAAUUGCAUGAGUAUGGAUGACCUGACUGUGGCAACCUCAGCACUGAAUGGCUAUUAGCACAUCAUGUGACUGCAAGUCUUCAUCAGACACUGCCUUUAAGCUAAUGCUGAAACUCUUCCCUUGUGCGUCACUGCAUAGUGUUGGUUAUCUGAUGACAAAUUACAAAAACCUAUUAGUCAUGUAUUAAUCUUGAGGGCAUCAUAAAACCACCAAAACUAAUACACUAAUGUGACACCGUUUUUAAUCAUUACCAGCUGUCAUAGCAAAACCUUUAAAUAUUUCAGGGACAAAUGUGCAUUUCUUUAUAAUCAAACAGUUUUCUUUUUUCUGCACAUGAUUAUAAAACCUUUUCCAUUUUUAUGCUGUGCAAAAACUACUGACCAAUAACUUGAAAAUCUGAAUAUCUCUGACAAUGAAAAAUUCCUUGUGAGCAUGUUGUUCCAGUCAAGCAGGCUUAGAUCAGAUCACCAGUAAAAUCUGCGUGAUGAAUUUAGUGUGCUUUUAUUUGCAUUCCUUUAAGUAUAUUUUUCACAAAGAAAAUGGUACUAAACAGUAUUUUGAAGGUGCAUACUGUAUAAAUGGUGACUCAGCAGCUGAGACAGCAACCAGUUCUGUUUAUCAAGUGCAAUGAAACAAUCACAGACUCAAACUUGUUGUGCAUAUAUGUGUGUGUGCACAUACAUGCAUCUGUGGCUGCAGCAGGCAUGCACCUACAGUUUGUGUUCAGGUACAUGAAUGAAACUGUCACUAAACAAGUUUGAUUACUUAGUUUAAACUACUGCUUAAUAGAUGUAGUGCUGUUUGUGACUGGGCUGUACUUAAUUCAGAGAGAAAAAAAGGGAAUAGGAUUUGGUUAUUGUUUGCAGAAUAUAAAUUGUAUGAUUUGAAAAUUAGUAGUUUAAAACUCUAGUUAUUAAUAAACCUUCCAUUCACCUUGCAACCAGUUUCAUCUUAAGUGCAUCAAAUUUGUGUUCAUUAUUAGUAAAUUCUAGAAGCUUAAUCAGGAGUGGCUUGAACACUGGCUGGAAUGUUCAGUCACCAAUAAUAGGGAUGCAGCAUGCUUGGUGGUUUUGGUGGACAUGCUAUGAAUGGACGUGCUAACUGUAAUAACAUCAACUUUUAUUUUACUGCUUUGCUGUCAAAGUGAGUCUCCAUUGUUUUGUGUGUUCAAUCUCCUGAACAUACACUUUGCCCCUGUCCCAUCCCAAGAUUAUUGUAGAGCAUCUUGAAUACAUGGAGAGCCAGUUUUAUUUGCUCAGAUACAAAUAAUAAUCUUGUAUCACAAGUGAAAAAUUACUAUCUGAUUAUUUAUGACUUGUUCGAAUAACCUGCCCAGCCUUAAACUUACACACCAUCUACAUAAUUGGUCCAUGAAACUGCAUGCUUUGUUCAAGUAAUACAUACUAUCAACAUUUUGCUGGUUCACAAAAGAUUAUGUGUCCUGUUUAUGUAGUUUCUUUAAUUUAAAUUAAUAAUUUCUUAAUAAAUGAAAAUCAGUUUAUUUCCUUAUGCUGAUUUUGUUCACAAGGUUAAAUAUAUGUUGUUAAUCUGGGAACAGCUUUUGUUAACGAGGGCUUUCAACGCCAUGACAGGUGUUGAUAGAUGCUAUGGUGUACAUCCUAAAGGUAGUAAAAACAUCAUGACCCUGAUUUCUGUCCCCUUUACUCCUUUGUACAAAGUGUCAUGGUGUCCUGUGCCAUCGCAAAUGAAAGUUGUAGCUUAAUUUGAUACUUAGUCACAGUCACAGAAUUGUGUCUAUUAUUUCCUUGUUUGGCAUUAUUGUUACUAGGAUAUCUUUUGUUGUUUCAUUGUACGUCCUUUCAUGUGCAAAGCACAAGAAUUGUUCUACAUGAGUUGUUGUCUUUGAAAGAAUGCUCAUUUGAACAGCCAUAUGCGUUUCCUUUUACAGCCCCGUCAGUACCUUUGUUUUUAGAAAUGUUUUAAGUUAUACAAAAAAGGUAGAUCUGCUCCCUCCAUUUUAUGACUACUUGGAAUUUUUUUGGUGUUUUUAAAAUACACUCAUUCCAGUUGUUGGUGAAACCAGUAAUGUUUUUUGUUAUAUACUAUGAUACAAUUUUUAUUUUGGAAACUUUGACUCACCCUGCUCACUUUUUCCUUGCUUUAUGAUCUCUUGACAGCUGUAUUAAUUUCUGUCAUGCAUUCUGUUGAUUGUUGAAUUUUUAUGUGCCACGUGGCAACAGUACUGUUGCAUAUUUUACACACUGUUCUUUUUUCUCCCUGCAUUUGAUCUUGCAACAAGUAUCUUCAGAUCCUGAGUGGUAUUAUGAAGACAAUAUAUCAUUCAGUGCAUUUGGCCCUCACAUGUCUUCCCCCAAUCUUUAACUUUAGCAUACUUCUCAUGCUAAUGUUUGUUUAAAAUCCAUCUCAGUUAUUGGCUGCUUCCUUCUGAGUUAUCUGGGCAGUACUGUAUGUCAUUUAGGUUGUAUAUCCCAAGAUGUAGCCUAUCCACCGUUCGUGCCACUAGGAAUAAUCUGGCCACCUUUUUGCUCAUACCAUUUUAUUUGCAGGAUUGUUCAUUAUAAAUACUGCAGAGUGUGGUGGAGUGUAAAAUCAGUAAUGCCAGUGCUAUUGGCUGUGCUGUAAGAACACUUCACAAAGCUCAUAAUGAGAAUAAUGGAGGGGGAUGAGAGAAAUUGGUGUUGUACGCUGAACCAGCAGCUUGCUACAUCAUGGCAAAGCAGACAGCCCUGUGAACAUGAGAAACAAUGGAGAGUCAAGUGUUAAUUGAAUUUUAUCAGCAACUGCCGUAAACUGUUGUGACUUUCUAUUUAGGAGAGGCAGGUUAUGGAGAAAAUGAAUGUUACAUGUGGAUAGUCUCUCAAUUUAUUUUUCAAGUAUACACAUUUGCAUCCUUUCCUCUAAGUCUCACAUACAUUUUUUUCAAUAACUUUGCCAUUCAGUGCGUUCAGCAUCUAAACCCAACUGCCACUUUUUAUGUACUAAUGUUUAUUUUUUACCUGGAGAGCUGCAUGGGGAUAUAAAGUUAUGUGUAUAUGACUUUGGUUAUAUGAGCAUAUAUUAUUUGCAAUAUACAACUUUUUGCCCUAUCCACUAAGGUCAAAUGGGAUGAUGCAUAAAGAAUACUGUUCAUUC